AUGUGUUUUGUGAGUUGCUGACGCAAUUAUUCGACAUUGUUAAGAUGUAUUUUUGAUUAUUUUUAAUUCUGCAUACGAAAUUUGAAAGACAUGAUUGAUUUUGGUACUGACGAUUGACUUUGGUUAAAGCUUCGCUUGGAAACUGUUGCUAUUAUAGGAAGAAGAAGAAGUGAACUCGACAAUUGACACACAUUCUAAAACCCAAAUUUCGGUGCUUGAAGUGGAUCAAAAGUGUAUAAAAAAUGUUUUCAAUUGUUAAAACAAUUGAACAAAACAAAGUGUUUUUUACCACAGUUCCUGACGACUAGAUUGUGAAUGAUACUUUAUAUUUUCCAAUGGGAAAGGAUUGGAAAAAUCUGAGAAAAAGAAAAUGUAAACCGGAAUUAGAUUGGAAAACAUUCAAAUGUUCGAUCAAAAAAAAAAGGUUUUAUGAAAUUAGAAGAUGCUCUUCAAGAGGAGAAAAAAAUUGUCGAAUUUGAUGACACUGAAGAAGAAGAAGAAGAGCAUGUCAGAAACAUAAUCGAAAAAAGGAAGCACCCAUGUAAAAUAAACUCCAUGAAGAGUAUGCGAGACUAUAAUGACAGAUUUUGUGAUGCUUCUUCGAUAUUAACAAUAAAUCCUGAGAACAAUCCGAUCGAAAAUAAAUCAUCAACUACUGAAGAAGAAAUAUCCCCAUCACAUAAAAAACGUAAAAAUGAAGUAAAAUCAAGUAUGUUUACGAUUAAAGUAUAUUGAGAUUUUAAUAUACUUUU